UGUAAGGAGCUGGCCGUCGACCAACAAUUACAGAAUCGAUAUGCUUUGCAGGCAUUUAUUCCGUACUUUUUGCAUAAGUAAUGAAUUCAAACAUGUGCAAUUCGGCCUACAUCCACACCGUUUGAAUGUCUUUUUGAUCAAAUAUGGUAUUUGUACCACUAACGGUUUGAAAAUGAAUCAAGUUACUGGUAAAAGACUACAGAAAUCUUGUGUACAGAACUUCUGUAUGCGUCACAAAUCACACAAAAGCUUCAUGGAUGAUGAAAAAUUGUCAGACAUGGUAACAUGGAAAGUGAUGAAGAUGAUGGGAAUGAAAUAGCAGAUGAAAUCACAUUAGCAGAUGUAAAAAACUUGCCUGAAGAUCCAGAUGUCCCUAAUGGUUAUAAAACAAAGAUGGUGCAUUCUCUAAGAGCUGAUCAACUUGUUCAGAAAGGGCUAAACAUAUCAAAUAUGGAAUCUGAGGUGAUAUUUUAUAAUAGCAAAUUCCUCUACAAAGGGAAAACCCUGUUGAAGAAAGCUAAAAAGCUGUCAGAGGGUGAAUUUGUAGACAUAUUGGUUGAGAAAUCAGACGUCGAUCAACCAACAAACACUGUAACAGUUAGGAGAGUGAAAGUGAUCAAAGUAUUUCAACAGACUACCAAGAAAGGAAAACCUAAAGUUGCAAUUCGAGUGUGGUUAAAACCUUUCGAAGUGAAAAGAUGAUGUGUACAUUACUUUAGCUCAUCAUAAACUAGACAGAUAUGCAAGUCAAUGUGGAAAAAUGUUAUGUAUGGAGUUCUGAAAGGAAUACUUGAAAUUAUAUAUUAAAUGUUUGUUGCUUUUUUAUUUAUAUUUUUUACACAUUACAACAUGAAAAUACUUCUUUUCUGUCUGGGUACUUGUACCUGUUCUGAUAAUUUGUUUUAUCAAGAUUGUAUUCGAAACUUAAAUGAGAUUGAUAUAAUUAAGACUUGUGGAUGUAUUCACUGUUGAUAUAAAAUGAUCAGGAUUUUCGUCUCAAUUAAUUCUCAGUACUUGGUCAUCUGGGAUAAGUAAAGACUAGAUCAUAAGGUCAAAGAAAACAUUGCUCACACUCAAAAGUGAUGUUUUGGCACUCUCUUAUUAUGUUUUGCUCAAUGGAAUUUAGAACAAGUUUGGGACUCGAGUAUCUGGGAUCAAUAACUCUGUCCCUAGGGCAAAUAAUAGGAAAGCUUGUUUAUGCAUGAGCUGUCAUUUGGUCCAAAUCUGGUGGAUCAUUGCCAGAAUGCUUGUCUCAUUAAAUUCUCAUUAGUUCUAUUAUGUCUCAUCUGUAAUCAGAUAGUAUGGUAAAAAUACAUUGUCUUCACUCAAGAAAUUGUUUUCCAAUUUAGAUGAAACUUUGUUUCAAUGAAUCUUAAAUGACAUGACAUGAGUCAUCUGAGACAACAAACUGGUCGCUAUUAAAACAUUGUUAAAAAACUCGUCUGAUUGUUUGUCUUAAUUCAUCAGACUAUUUCAUUAUUGAGUCUCCUGAAAACAUAAACUAGGUCACUUGUUCAAAUCCACAAUUUAAGCUCGACUAUUGAAGAAUAAGGAGAGCUGUACUACUCACCAAAGCGUCAGCAACGGCGUUGGCGUCACCCCUUGGUUAAGGUUUUGCGUGCAAGCACAGAUAGGUUAAUAUCUCAGCAACUACUUGAGGUAUUGCAUUGAGACUUUAUACAAUGGUACUCAACCAUCCAAUCUACUUAAUUAACCAAGUUUGAUAACUCUAUUUUGCAUUUAAUGCCAAUAAUAGGCCUUUAUUAUUUGACUUAGAAAUUCUGGUUAAGGUUUUGCGUGCAAGCACACAUAGGUUAAUAUCUCAGCAACUACUUGAGGUAAUGCAUUGAGACUUGAUACAAUGGUACUCAACCAUCCAACCUACUCAAUUAACCAAGUUAGAUAACUCUAGUUUGCAUUUAAUGCAAAUAAUAGGACUUUAUUAUUUCACGUAGAAAUUCUGGUUAAGGUUUUGCGUGCAAGCACACAUACGUUAAUAUCUCAGCAACUACUUGAGGUAUUGCAUUGAGACUUGAUACAAUGGUAUCAACCAUACAACCUACUUAAUUAACCAAGUUAGAUAACUCUAGUUUGCAUUUAAUGCAAAUAAUAGGCCUUUAUUAUUUGA